GCGCCGGGUGGCGGCGGCGGUAGCGACGGCGGCGAGAUGGGACUGCGUGCGGGAGGAGCGCUGGGCAGGGCCGGGAUGGGCCAGGGGUCGCCCGAGGGACCUGGGCCGAGCGGCAGCGCGCAGGGCGGCAGCAUCCACUCGGGUUGUAUCGCCGCGGUGCACAACGUGCCGCUGAGCGUGCUCAUCCGGCCGCUGCCGUCUGUGCUGGACCCGGCCAAGGUGCAGAGCCUCGUGGACACGAUCCGGGAGGAUCCAGACAGAGUGCCCCCUAUCGACGUCCUCUGGAUCAAAGGGGCCCAGGGCGGUGACUACUUCUACUCCUUUGGGGGCUGUCACCGCUACGCAGCCUACCAGCAGCUUCAGCGAGAGACCACCCCUGCCAAGCUUGUCCAGUCCACCCUCUCGGACCUGAGGGUGUACCUGGGCGCUUCCACACCGGACUUGCAGUAGCAGCCUCCUUGACACCUGCCACCACUGCCAAGAACCCAGAAGUCACAGCCGGCCUCCAGUGGGCUGGGCCAUGCAAAGGUGCAACUGGGGUGCAUUGUCCUUGUGCCUGGGGGGUGGGUCAGACUCGAAGCACCCUCUUUAUUUAACUGCAGCGACCUUGGACUCAGGACUGAACAGUGUGGGAGCCCCACUUCCCACCUCGGUGAAAAUGGGGUCGCUUGUGUGCUCUCAAGGGAUGAUUAAGAGGGUGGAAUGAGAAAGGAGAUGGUUUGGGGAGCCACAUACUGCUGACUCCAGAUUCCCAAGGACAAGGAGCCUUCUGCGUGUCUGUCUUUAUAUAUCUUAUUGUGUAAAGAUGUUCAUCUGCUAGUAAAGGGAAACCUGGGUCCCAGUGGCUUAAACAAAGAGAAGUUUGUUUUUCCAUAGAGCAUGAAUUCUGGAGGCGGGUGGCUGAUGGUAUUGGUUCAACAGCUUGGUGGAGUUAGGGGAGGCACACAUCUCUGUGAUCCUUUCAGCCUUUCCUUCACUGCUUGUCACUCCAUGGUCACAAGAUGGCUGCUGUGCCUCCGGCAACCGUGGCUGGGUUCGAGGAAGAACGGAGUCGGGGAGGGAGAGGAAGGGCCCAGCCAGCUGGACCCGUCAACCUCUCUCAUAAAGUCAGACCUUUUUCCAGGGCCUGUUUCCUGGUCUCUUCCCCUGCAGAUUUCCACUUAGGUCUCCUUGGCCCAAACCAGGUACAGUUGCCACCCCUGGUUGCAAAGAAAGCUAAGAUGGCAGGAACAGAGUUGUCCCAGCUGAGUAGACCAGUCAUAUCCCCUCCUGGAACUGGCACACUGCCUCCUAAAUAAAAUUGGCAGUCCCAUUACCAAGAGAGAAAUGAGGAAUUGUGUGUCCGUUGGCCUUUGCUGUGCAACAAACCAUUCCAGAGCUUGGCAGCUAAAAACAGGUUGUGUAUUUGCCUACAAUAUUGUGGGAUGACAGUUUGGGCUGGGCUCAGCUGAGCAGUUCUGUUGAUCUUGCCUAGGGUCACUCAUGGGGUUGCCUGCAAACAGCUCUCACCCUAGAUGGGGCUGGAUGGUCUGAGAGAGCCUGACUCACUUGUCUGGCAGUAGGUAGGCUGCUGGCUGGGUGACUUGGUUCUUCUCCAGGGGUCUCUCCAGCAGGUUAGCUCAGGCUUAGUCAUCUCAUGGCCUCGGACCACCAAGAGAAAGAGAAGAAGAGAGAGACAGAGGCAGGGAAGAAGCUGCAAGACUUUUUUGGGUUCUAGGUCAGAAUUGGUAGAAUGUCACUUCUGCUCUUGAUUUGUUCAGAGCAAAUCAAAAGUUUGGCCCAGAUUCAAGGGCUGGGGAAACAAACUACAUCUCUUGGAGAAACUCCAAAAGAUUUAUGGCAUUUUUUUCAUCUAUCACGAAUGUCUUUGGAUAAGCAGAUAAGAGUGUUUCUCUCUCUCUUGCACAGAACCUUGCUCUGUCCAGGCCGAAGUCACUAAGAUACUGUGCUGGCCCUGCCGAUGGGGCGGGGGGGGGGGGGGGUGAUGGGGCAGUGGCUGGGUCUCUCCCAGGGCUGGACCCACUCAGGGAGGGGCCUUACUCAUCAUCUGUACUGGUGGCUUGGGGGAGGUAGGCCAAGUGGGACAUUCCAAAGGGGCUUCUGAAAUCCUAGAGCCUGGGGGGAAGGGAAGAGGUAGAGGAAGGGCUCAGAGUGAGCCCUUGCUCUCACCACCCUGCUAAGGGAACUCGGUCACUUGGCAUUUUUCAAGCUUCCGUUUCUCCAGAUCAGAAACGAAGACAACAGUUUCAUUCUCUGUCCCAGUGAAAGAUGACUGAGGCGACCAAUUUAAAAGGGAUGUGGUCUGAAAUGCAGUGUGCGCUCCUGCAUUAGAUCUGGGAACAACAACAGUAACAAAAAAUAAUAACAAAAGGAUGUUAGUAGAAAGUCUGGAGAUCUGAAUAAGUUCUGCAUUUUAGUUAAUAAUAUGUGAAUGUUGGCUGGGUGCGGAAUAUAUGGGAAUUGUACUAUAUUUGCAACUUUCCUAUACAUUGAAAAUCAUUCCCAAAUAAAAGUUUAUUUAAUAAAAA